GUCGGGGUGGUCAACUGGAGGGAGGACGCCGACACGCCCUCUCUUGAAUGGAGCGCGCCGUGCGUAAAGUCCGACGUGCAACCGAGGGAAAUUGUAAUUGGUUUCUCUUUCACACAUUUCAACGUUUGUAACCGCACGUGGUGAUUUACAUGCAGCAAUGACGCGGGAGGAAGAGUUAAUCCGGAUUGCCAAGAAGCUGGAAAAAAUGGUGUCUCGAAAUAACACGGAAGGGGCUAUGGACCUGCUGAAUGAGCUCAAAAGUUUCAAUAUGACACUUAAACUCCUCCAGGAGACAAGGAUCGGCAUGUCUGUGAAUAGCAUCAGGAAGCACUGCACAGACGAAGAUGUCAUCGCUAUGGCAAAAGUACUCAUCAAGGAAUGGAAAAAACUAUUGGACUCCAGCCGUCCUCAAAUGGAGAAAGCCGCAGAAGAGAAGAAUGGUUUGGACUCCAGCAAAGCAGAAGGGUCACCAAACGACUCACCCAGGAGAGGAGUUCUGGACAGCAGCGUUCUCUAUCCCACCCGCUUCCCCUCCCCUCCUCGGCCCGCUCGCCCCCCCCUUCCCAUCAGGCGCCCCUCUGUGAAUAUGAAGAAAGAGAGGAAGGAUGGUAAAGACUCCUCGUUAGGGCGCUCUCAAGCUUCAGGGCUCACCUCGCCCAAGGCUAAGCGUCCUUCACUGGACUCUAAGAAAGAGAGGAAAGUUCCAAAAGACCCAAGCACACCAUGGGUUCCGCUUACUUUUAAACUCCACCCCCCACCACCAAGAAAAGAGCCACCAGAUCCAAACGCUCCUCUGCCUCCACUGCCUUUUCAUCUUCAUCCGCCAGCUGCGCCAAAGCGCCCCUCGCUGGAUGGGAAAAAGGAGAGGAUGGAUUCCUCAGACUCUAAAAUUGCUUCCCAGAAGACAUCAGAUUGUGUGAAAAAAGAAAGGAAAGACAGUUUGGAUAGCAAAGUGGCUAAAAAACAGUCAAUGGAUGUUAAGAAAGAAAGGAAGAACUCCCUUGACUCCAAAUUAAGCCAACCAGUCAAACACCAAACAACUCCCACUAAACCAGAAAGGCGGGAGUCUGACUCGAAGCACAACAGCCUUUCACCCCGUGCAAAGAAGCUAACAUCUGAAAGGCGAGAGUCUCAUGGCUCAAAGGCCACUCAGUCUGGACCUCCGCAAAGAAAACCAUCCACUGACCACAAUGAAAGAAAGGGCAAAACCGAAGCCCCGAAAACUCCAACUGCGCCAAGCAGCCCGUUAUCCCCCGGCUUCGCUUCCACCGGGGGUUCAUUACCGCCUCACCUAAUUACCGGAGACUCGAUUCGUGACAAGUGCAUCGAGAUGCUGGCUGCUGCCCUGCGCACUGACAAUGACUACAAAGAUUUUGGAACUAACUGUGACAGCAUGGCAGCAGAGAUUGAAGAUCAUAUCUACCAAGAGAUCAAGGCCACCGACAUGAAAUACAAGAACAGAGUGAGAAGCCGCAUCAGUAACUUAAAGGACCCAAAGAACCCCGGUCUGCGCAGGAACGUUCUCGCAGGAAGCAUUGAUUUAAGCCGCAUUGCCAUUAUGAGCGCUGAGGAAAUGGCUAGCGACGAGCUGAAACAACUGAGGAACGUCCUCACCCAGGAGGCCAUCAGGGAGCACCAGAUGGCCAAAACUGGGGGCACCACCACUGACCUGCUACAGUGCGGCAAGUGUAAAAAGAAGAACUGCACAUACAAUCAAGUGCAGACACGUAGCGCUGACGAGCCCAUGACCACAUUUGUCCUUUGCAACGAGUGUGGGAACCGCUGGAAGUUCUGCUGACGACUUCCUGGUGAAACCAUCUUUUUUUUUUUUUUUUCUCAAUAAUGGGGAGUUUCUAAUUGUAGCUGAUUUUAAAUAUUUUAUAUUCUUACAAUUUCCACUUGAAUGUUUUUUUCUAAGCAUUCUAAUAAUGUUUGCUGUAUAAGAAAUUGAAGAUUGAGCAUGGAAUGACUAAGUCGUUAAGUAUGAGCGCAAUUGUGAAUAAAUCGGCUCUGUAAAAAAGAAUUGUCCCUAAAUGUCACAAUGAAAAUAUACAUAAUUAUUCAUUAUUAUACUUUGUAUAUAAUUGCAAUAAACUGUAACCAAGAUGA